AUGGCGCUCGGUCAAACUAGCACCCAGGCUCUGGCCCUAUCCCCAUCAUCCAGCUCGUACUACAGCAGCUGCUGUUCGGAUAUGGCGGCGGCCGCCCUGUCCUCCCUGAUGGCCAGUACCAGCCAGUUCACGCAGUUCCAGAACACGCUCAACUUCGUCAGCGGUGGUGCGAUCGUGGCGGGAAAUGCGGCCAGCAGCAGCAGUAGCCACCUUAGUACGGGCAGUGCUGCCAGCGUAAGUAGCUCCCGCAGUGGAGCCAGUACCGGUGGUGUGGAUACGCACACGUCCAGCACGGGUCACGGUGGUGGAGCGGCCGGAAGUGGUAGUGAUAGUACGGCUAGCUGUACUACCACGAUGGAUGGCAAUGAGGGCAAUGAGGGCAGUGGUGCCGCCGGUCAUGUAAAUAGCUUCGACAGUACGCUGGCAGCACUGGCAUCUACGGCACAGACGGCUGAGCACGUGGUCGUGGACGAAACGACGGGGCGCAAGAUACGAUCUUCCCACCCAACGGGUCUGCCGACCAUCCUGAUGGGGACCGGCCACGUCGCUAGCCUGCAUCUCAUCGACGACAUCGACCGGAGGGGCGCCGACUCGGACAGUAGCAAUGGAAAGCAGCUCCGUCACCAUGACGACACGAACGUAUCCGUCGUGGACGAUGAAGCGGCAUAA